GGCAACAGCGGAGGAGGUGUUCCUGGUAGCCAUCUUGGAUGUGCGGAGUGAUUGUUUGGCGAAAAUAAUUAAUACAAUUUAGAAAAAUAGCGUGAGGACUUGGGAAAAUACGAUUUAAAAGAGUGGGGUCAACUAAUAAAAGAAAAGCUUAAUCGGAAAAUCCAGUGAAAGAAGUAAGGCAUGAAGAAAGCAUCCUAGUCAACAGUCAUGGCUGAUAAAAGGAAACUUCAAGGUGAAAUAGAUCGAUGUUUGAAAAAAGUUACGGAAGGCGUGGAACAGUUUGAAGACAUUUGGCAAAAGCUUCACAAUGCAGCCAAUGCUAACCAGAAGGAGAAGUAUGAAGCCGACCUCAAGAAAGAGAUUAAAAAACUGCAGCGUCUUCGAGACCAGAUCAAGACGUGGGUGGCCUCCAACGAGAUCAAAGACAAAAGGCAGCUAGUGGAGAAUCGCAAACUCAUUGAGACGCAAAUGGAGCGUUUCAAGAUCGUGGAACGAGAGACCAAGACAAAGGCUUACUCGAAAGAGGGGCUGGGCCUGGCACAGAAGGUGGACCCGGCCCAAAGGGAGAAGGAGGAGGUCGGCAAUUGGCUAACGAAUACGAUAGACACUCUGAACAUGCAGGUGGAUCAGUUUGAGAGCGAAGUGGAGUCCCUCUCAGUCCAGACUCGAAAGAAGAAGGGAGACAAAGAGAAACAGGACCGCAUCGAAGAGCUGAAGCGCUUCAUCGAGAAGCACCGGUACCACAUCCGGAUGCUGGAGACCAUCCUGCGCAUGCUGGACAACGACACCUUGCCGGUGGACUCCAUCCCACUAAUUGCCCCCCGGGGCCUCCCGUUCUCGGUCCCUGCCCAGCAGGCCCUCGCUUUCAGCAGGCAAGCCUCCCAGAAUCCCCAUGGGCAGAAGAGAGAGCACGUGUUGCGCCACUCGGGGCCUGUUGCCCCUGUCAAAGGACACAGCUGUAACCAGCAGGCCAUGGCGUGUGUGCCACCCCCCCACUCCGACUCUGUAGAGUUCUACCAGAGACUGUCCACAGAGACACUGUUCUUCAUCUUCUACUACCUAGAGGGCACUAAGGCCCAGUAUCUGGCAGCCAAGGCCUUGAAGAAGCAGUCGUGGCGGUUCCACACCAAGUACAUGAUGUGGUUCCAGAGGCACGAGGAGCCCAAGACCAUCACAGAUGAGUUUGAGCAGGGGACGUACAUCUACUUUGACUACGAGAAGUGGGGACAACGGAAGAAGGAGGGAUUCACGUUUGAGUACAGGUACCUUGAGGACCGAGACCUCCAGUGACAUAAGGCAGAGGAGGAGAAUGAAAGAAGGGUGGACUACCGUCAACAUUCCUGGAUUGAACUCAACACACUGGGAAGAGGGACGGAUGCAGACGCCAGACUGAGCCAGUCUUAGCAGAGCAUAAUGCAUUUGGAGCUUCUCCCUCUUUGCCCUGCGAAGCCACACCCCCUACAGUGAUAAACCCCUCCCUCUUUCCCAUAAGGCAGUUUUGAUUUAGAUUGAAGCUUUUUAUCUCUUACCUGAACUGGAUCCCUUUUUAUAUAUAUAU